AUGGACGCUGCUUGUUUUUCUGAGCAUCAGAGUCACUCUUUGAGCGUUGAAAACGUUCAUCUGCAGCAGUUGGUCGCUUUGCUUGACUCAUUUUUCAGAAACGGUUUGAAACGCCGUGGCAAGACAGGUUACUGGGCGUUGGUACGUCAGUUUCUUCCCAAGCAGCAUCAGUCACCUUGUCCCGCCAACGUGGCCAAUCUUUUUCCUUCGUUGAAAGGUGUUAAUGAUGGAAGUUUGUGGUUGCUGUGUUGUUUGGCAGAAGGCAGUCUUGCGUGGUAUUUGAAGAAUUUUUGCUGUCACAUGGAGCUGCUGAGGAAAUACUAUUCUAGCAGUGCUUUCAUUAUGGAUAAGGAGGCAGUUGAAAUGAUAUCUGCGGCCUUGAAAGGCCUUGACGAUGUGAAAAUUGAUUUGCCUUAUGAAGAGACAUACAUCAGCCGUUUCGAUGCCAAGAGUGUCUGUGAGAAGAUGAACGCCGGGAAAGCUGUUGUUGCUGGCCAGUCAAAGACUCAACACAUUUCAGUUUUACCCUAUUCAGUGACAAUAGACGGUCAGAUUCCUUGUGCCGAGCUGGCAUCGGUCGAAAUACCUGUAGCUGAAGGCAGCUCGACUUGCGCGCUUCCUUCGGCGUUGAACAGCGUUGAGGUGUGUGAGGACGCGCUGCUGUACUCUUUUCCUCCCUGCAGGUCGACGAAUCUAGCACGGCGUUGCCGGCCAUCCCAGCAGAAGACCGUGCACAUCAUCGAAGUAGACAACGUCGCAGACGACUGGACCGAGGUUUCCCACGAAGCAGGCUCGAUCGCCUCUGACGAUCUGCAUUUCGUGAAUAGCUGCUCAACACCGUUGUCGAUGACUGCUGAUGUCUCAGAAGCAAAGAACGGCACAAACGAAAUCGAAGAAGCUUUUCGCACAGGUUUGGACAGCGACGAUUUGCAGCAGUACUACAGCUUCUCGUCCAGCUUUGCCAGGGAGUUCGAAACUUUUGGCAGCACAAAACUAGAAAGUUCAGACCAUGUCGCCGAAAACAGCGUCAUCUGCACCUGCAGCGCUGAAUCUGACGGUACCGGCCCUAAGCAAGACCUCCGAGGAAAUGAACUCUCGAACGGCGAUGGUUUUUUGGUAAAAUCGGCUGACGAUGAAGCCAGGGUUGCCGAAAACGACUAUGAAAAGCAGAUAAGGCGCCGUCUGAAUAAAGUGCCAGCCUUACUGGCGUCGCAUUCAGAGAGUUUAAGUGAAAGUUCCGAAACCGUUACCGUUUCUACUCCUGAAUUUAAAAGCACCCCCAUCGAUAUUAACGCAGUUAUCAACACAUAUGAUCACGACAAUAUCGCCGAACCGAAAAUGAUCAUUUUGGAGGACGGACUGACGAUAUUGGAAAGCAAUGAAAUCGUCGAAUUGGCCGUUCAUGUAUUUUGUGAGCAAAACGAGGACUUUUGCGUGAUGUACCGCGUGUACACCAGGCAUCACUUGGGCGAUGUUGCUCUACGUUUUCUGCUGCUCACAAACCUGUCGCUGUACGUGUUGGAGAAGUUUGCCACCGAGGCGUCCGGCAAACAAUACCUCGCCGAGUUCACAUGCCGUUACUCUGAUCUAGACUACGUUUCGGUUGGCCUGAAUUCGCAGUUGCUUCUUUUCCGCACCAGGAAAUCUAAGGAGCAAUUCACGAUAUGCACUUGCGAUCAGAAUCUUACAAGCGCGAUCUUGUCCAGUUUGGAAAAAUCUUGUAGUAACAUAAACAAUGGGAUCGUUGUUUUAAACGAUGCAGCUACGCAGCGAGUAUCCAUAUGUAAAUGGAUCAGCAGGGAGCUGGGUUCUGCCGUUUCCUCACCGACGGUGUUUUCGCAUUAUUCGUUGGUGUAUUGGGAUGAAGGCGUGGAUAACGAAUACUGUGGUGAUGAUGGUCAAGUGGCGACAGUGGUAGAAUCGGGCUACAUCUAUAUCCGAACUGUUUGGCCGACGAGACGAUGGUCAUCGAAGACCGACGAGUGGCGUCACAGUUAUUUCGUAUUACGGAAUAAGAAACUUUACCAGUUUGAGGACUCGACCUGCAAAAUAGGCGAAAAGAUCUACGGCAUUGGGUAAAU